AGGGACGAAGAAGGAACCCGAGCAGGAAGAGCGGCUCUGAGGCAGCGGCGGCGGCGAGGCGGCGGUGAGGCGGCAGCGGCUGAGUUGCUCGCGGUAACCGCGACGGCUCUCGACCUCGGAGAACAGGAUGCAGGUCCGUGUCGGGCUGACGUUGAUGCUCUGCGCGGUGCUCCUAAGCUCGGCGACCGCGUCCUCCGAUGAUGAAAGUAACCAGGAUGAAUCCAUAGAUUCCAAGAGUUCUUUGCCAGCCGAUGAAUCAGUGAAGGACCACUCCACCACAGGCAGAGUGGUUGCUGGCCAGGUAUUUGUUGAUUCUGAGGAACCAGAGGUAGAGUCCCCUCUUCAGGACGAGGAAGAGAGCUCCAAGACUGAGGAAGAGGUCAGUGUCAGUGAAGAAAUCAGCUUUGUAGAAUCUCCAAGUCUAAGCAGUAAGAGCUAUGAAGAAGCAAAGAGAGCCCGGAAACCAGUUUUGACUGCCAUUGAAGGUACGGCACACGGGGAGCCCUGCCACUUCCCUUUCCUUUUCCUGGAUAAGGAAUAUGAUGAGUGUACAUCAGAUGGGAGGCAAGAUGGCAGACUGUGGUGUGCCACAACCUAUGACUACAAGACAGAUGAGAAGUGGGGCUUCUGUGAAACUGAAGAAGAUGCUGCGAAAAGACGACAGAUGCAGGAAGCAGAAAUGAUUUAUCAGGCUGGGAUGAAGAUACUGAAUGGAAGCAAUAGGAAGAGCCAAAAGAGAGAAGCAUAUCGGUAUCUUCAAAAGGCAGCAGGCAUGAAUCAUACCAAAGCCCUGGAGAGAGUGUCCUACGCUCUUUUGUUUGGUGAUUACCUCACACAGAAUAUCCAGGCAGCUAAAGAGAUGUUUGAGAAACUGACUGAGGAAGGUUCUCCCAAAGGACAAACUGCUCUUGGCUUUCUCUACGCCUCUGGACUUGGUGUUAAUUCAAGUCAGGCAAAGGCUCUUGUGUAUUAUACUUUCGGAGCCCUUGGAGGCAAUCUGAUAGCCCAUAUGGUUUUGGGUUACCGGUACUGGGCCGGCAUCGGAGUCCUCCAGAGUUGUGAGUCGGCACUGACCCAUUAUCGUCUUGUUGCCAAUCAUGUUGCUAGCGAUAUCUCCCUGACUGGAGGCUCUGUAGUUCAGAGAAUACGGCUGCCUGAUGAAGUGGAAAACCCAGGGAUGAACAGUGGGAUGCUGGAAGAAGAUUUGAUUCAGUAUUACCAGUUCCUAGCUGAGAAGGGUGAUGUCCAAGCACAGGUUGGUCUGGGACAACUGCAUCUGCAUGGAGGGCGCGGUGUAGAACAGAAUCACCAGAGAGCAUUUGACUACUUCAAUUUAGCAGCAAAUGCUGGCAAUUCACACGCAAUGGCCUUCCUGGGAAAGAUGUAUUCUGAAGGAAGUGAUAUCGUCCCUCAGAGUAAUGAGACAGCACUUCACUACUUCAAGAAAGCCGCGGACAUGGGCAACCCUGUGGGACAGAGCGGUCUUGGAAUGGCCUACCUCUAUGGAAGAGGAGUUCAAGUUAAUUAUGACCUGGCACUCAAGUAUUUCCAGAAAGCUGCUGAACAAGGCUGGGUGGAUGGGCAGCUGCAACUUGGCUCUAUGUACUAUAAUGGCAUUGGAGUCAAGAGAGAUUAUAAACAGGCCUUGAAGUAUUUUAAUUUGGCUUCUCAAGGAGGCCAUAUCCUGGCUUUCUAUAACCUAGCACAGAUGCAUGCCAGCGGCACAGGGGUGAUGAGGUCCUGUCACACUGCGGUGGAGUUGUUUAAGAACGUGUGUGAGCGAGGCCGCUGGUCGGAGAGGCUUAUGACUGCCUACAACAGCUAUAAAGACGGGGACUACAAUGCUGCAGUGGUCCAGUACCUCCUGCUGGCUGAACAGGGCUACGAAGUGGCACAAAGCAACUCAGCCUUCAUCCUUGACCAGAAAGAAGCAACCAUUGUAGGUGAGAAUGAGACUUACCCCAGAGCUUUGCUGCAUUGGAACAGGGCCGCCUCUCAAGGUUAUACCGUGGCUAGAAUUAAACUUGGAGACUACCAUUUCUAUGGAUUUGGCACUGAUGUGGAUUAUGAGACUGCAUUUAUUCAUUAUCGCUUGGCUUCUGAGCAACAACACAGUGCCCAAGCUAUGUUUAACCUGGGCUACAUGCAUGAGAAGGGCCUAGGCAUUAAACAGGAUAUUCACCUUGCAAAACGCUUUUAUGACAUGGCAGCCGAGGCUAGCCCAGAUGCACAAGUUCCUGUCUUCCUUGCACUCUGCAAAUUGGGUGUCGUCUAUUUCUUACAGUACAUACGGGAAGCGAAUAUUCGAGACAUAUUCACCCAACUGGAUAUGGACCAGCUUUUGGGACCUGAGUGGGACCUUUACCUCAUGACCAUCAUUGCACUGCUCUUGGGUACAGUCAUAGCUUACAGGCAGAGACAGCACCAGGAUAUGCCAGUACCCAGGCCCCCAGGGCCACGGCCAGCUCCUCCCCAGCAGGAAGGACCACCAGAGCAGCAGCCACCACAGUAGCAGCCACACACCUGCCUGGGUCUGCGACCACUAAGGAGCUGCUUGCUGAGAACACUUGGAUUUGACACAAGGCUCUGGAUGGUGGCCACCACCUGGAAGAGGCUCGAGGAAGUGUGGGAUCCCAGAAGCUGCUUAGAGCCUGCUGCCUUCCUUUUCAGGGACGAGUAGCUCUCGCUGGAGCUACAGUGAAUGUUUGCUUCAGUGCCAUAUGGAAUGACAGCUCUCAGUAGCUUUCCUCUUUUUCCUUCUUUUUCUCUCUUUUUCCUGGAAACAUACACAACACACUCGAGUCAUGUCUACUGUGCCCAACUAUCUUUCCUGUGCGAUCCUUUUGUCAUCCUUCAGUGCGUGUAAGCUCCUGCAUCAGUGUCCUUUACGGUCCUGACGACCUGGGAAAACUCAGUUAGUUGCAAGUUUAACCAUAAAAACAUGCUUAAGUCUGAGAAUAGAACUUGCCUGAAAGUUUAAAACAGAACAAGCCAAACAGGACGUCUUCAGGGUGUGUGGGAAAUGCAGUAACUGGGGAAGUUGACCAGACUACAUGCAAGCACACACAUUUGGCACUUUCUAUAUUAAAAGGGAUUACUGAGCGGUUUCCUAUACUGGCGACUGUGACACUUCGUAGCAGACUCUUCCUCGAAGACUGAAAGGCUUUGCUAAAGAAUUCUUUGUGAACUUCACUUCUUGUAAUGGAAUAGAAGUAAAACUCAGUGAACUGACUCCUUGCACUCACAUAGGAAUUUGCCCCCAACUCCUCAGUGUGAUUUGCUUGUUGGUUUGAGUGUACAGAAUAGUCCAGAAGCCAGAGGAUGGACUAAUGGAGAAAUCAGAAAACAGCCUUAACCGACUUCAGGGGGAUGGAUGAGACACACCCACCCACAAGGUGAUGCGUUGCUUCCCAGGUUUCGUUUUACUUUUCAUUUCUUACUGUACAGAGAACAGAGAACCCUCUGAGAAUCUUCAAAUAUGAAAUACUAUUGUCAAGAUAUGGCAGGCAGUGACUUUCCUUGUAAUACUAAAACUCAGAUCAUUAAGGACAGGUUAGAACCACUGCAUGGCGAACACAGGGAGACCAUUCUGGAUGCUGUGGUAGCUUUUUAUUUGUGACCGUUUUAUGAGGCUGUAGAAAGUCAGCCACUCGCUUAGCUGUCCUAUCACCACCCUCCUGUUGCAAACAUUAGGAAAUUAAGGCUAUUGUUACACUUGAGCAUUGCCCGCUUAAAUAGACGCAGAAACAACGAACAAUGAGAGCUUCCCAUAAUCACCCACGUGAAAGAAUUAAAGCCUAAACUGAAUGGGUGGUUUGUGUAAUCCAGUGGCGGCGCCCAUCAGCCAGCAACCCGUUCAUAGUCACCUGUACACUUUCCCCGUCUGCCAGGAAACUUGAGUUUACCACUUGUGGUGUUUGUACCGCUUUGGGUCUGAAUGUUGGGGUUAUAAUCAGAACUAGACUUAGUUCAUCUAUAAUGAACAUGAAGGCUGUAAAUGUGAAAGUGUAUACUUUGUGUGUGCUUACAGUAUUAUGGGAUAUCUGGUAAGCAAACUUUCUUCCCAGAUAUUUGCCUCCAAAUUUGAAGAGGUGGCCACAGAGAGGCCGUGUGCAUAGAAGAGGGUCUUUGAGAGGCAGUAAGUGUGUUCCUCUCAAAAAUGUAAUGUUGCUUUGGGCAGCACCUGUAAAUAGUAAGGCUUAUUCGGUGUCCUGUGCUUAAAGAUUAGAUUGUGAGUGGUCCGGUAAAUCAGGGCCGUCACUACUGCCUCUCCUCCCUACCCCACCCCACCCUCAGCCCAGCAUAACCCAUGGUGGCGGCGCUCGCUCUUCAUUUAGAAGGCACUAUUAAAGUUAUUUAGAGGAAUUGGGUACAGUGGUAUACCAGUAGUCCCAGCUCCUUGUGGGGCUGAGGAAGGAAAAUCACUUUAGGCCAGGAGUUCAAGACCAGCCUCGGCAACAAAACAAGACCCAGUCUCUAAAAAUUAACCAAUAGUUGGGAACUCUCUAAGGUGUUACAACUUCUGUGGUUUUCCUGUACCACCCACCUAGUAUGUCUUUGGACAGAAGCAUUUGGUGUCCAUCUUUCCUCCCCUCAGAGAGUAUGUAGAAAAAAAAUCCUUCUUAAACUAGAAUGCACUACCUGAGGCUUGAAGGGACAGCAUGGUCUUGUUCUUCGUGCAGCAGACUUGCCCCUUGCUGUCUGUUUAUUGUUAAUACUGCAGAUGGCCUUCCCUUGGCUUGUUCCACCUUCUCUCCAGCCUGGGUCAUUUGUACCCAGAAAUCUGGGUAGUACGUUUAAAAUAAUUUCAGUUCUUAAUGGCUUCUUUCAAAGAUGGUCUCAAAAUGCUUUGCUCCCGGUCUCUUCCUGCUCGUGGGACAUGGUACAUAAGCAAAUAGGAAUUGGGUUUGGUGUUUCUCUUCAAAAAUAAUGCACAGUACUUACUAAUGGCAUCCAUUUGAAAUAAAGUGGCAAUAAAGCUAGUUAAUGUCAGUGACAUUACGCCAACUCCAGGCUUCAGGAGUUUUAGCAUCAGGAUUUAGAUUUACAGAUAGAGUGUGGCUUCUUUGUUCCCUCUCUCUGUAGCCCAUCCCUCCUGCUGCCUAUUGUGGUCUGUCUUGUCCUCUGUUCAGCCCCUGUUCACCUGUGUCCCUGCCUCAUUGGGUAGCCAGCUAUUUCAGAGUCUUGAGACCACGAGUUUUACUUUGGUGGUAUUUUGCAAAGGUGAAGGCUUUCUUUUAGUUUGAAGUUUUUGUUUCUGGUCUCUGGGUUUUCUUGGUUACUAACCGAAAGCACAGAAAAAGGUAAAUCAAAGGCUAUUUUCUUCUCAAAAAAACCAUUAACACCUAAACCAGAUUAAUGUAAAAAUACAAGUCCUAAGUCUUGAUAUCCUUGAAGGUUUGUUAUUCUUCUGAAUGUAAGAUUCAUUUCUCACCAUUUUACCACUCACCUGUCUUGUCUCUACCAUGGAGAAACGCUACAGGCCUCCUUCAAGGAUCUGAUAACAAGCUGGUUGAUGGCUGGGUAUUCUACACAUAGAAUUUUGUUUUUGUUUGACUGGUUGGUUGGUUUUUUUUCUCUCCCUUCUUUGCUCCUUAGUGCUUGGGAGCAGGCAAGUGUGCCUCCAAAUGCGGACCUCAAUUCUUCAUGUGUGUGGCAUUUGCACCAGUGUCUGAUUCUGUCUUAGAAACCUUCCUUUCCAGGGGUUUGCACUAACACUUCACAUGUACAUUUCAGAACAAGAUGCUUCUGGCGGCCCACUCCCCGCCAAGAAGAGCAAGCUCGUAUUUACUCCAGAAACCACUGGUAUUUGGCAGUGACUCUAAAGUGUGUUAGACAAUAUUAUGGUCAGAGGUAUACAAGAAAUAACCAGAGCAAAAGAAAACUAUCUUAUGCAAAAAAAAAAUUUUUUUUUCUUCAGUUAUUGCUCAGAUAUGAGGGAAGAAUGUUCCUGGAUGCUGUAGUGUCUGGUUUUUAGAUGGGUCGUGUUCUUUGGGAAGAAGCCAAGUGUCUCUACUCACUAGGGAUUUCAAGAGAAUUGGAAAUAACCAGGUAUACCAAUGAUCUGUAUCUUAGAGAGACUGUUUACACAUUUAGAAAGCUGACUGUGUGCAUAAGAAGGGACCUUUAUUUCCUUGUAGGGAGCCACCCAGAUGUGCAGUCUUUACUAUUUAUUGAGGAACAAUCUGACACUAUUUCUCUUUUAUUUACAAAACAAUGUUGACAUGAUCAAAGUGUGACCACUCUACUCGUCGAGGGGGAGUUCUUAAAGAACAGAAGCUGGCAUUGUGAAGGAACACCAUAGUAGACUUUUGUAAAUUUCUUUUGUAUUUAAUGGAAUGCAGUGUAAAGGCUGGUGAAGUGUAUUAUAAUUGUGUAAACAAACCCUGUUAAUAGAGAGAUGUACAGAUUCGUUUUGUACUGUAUCUUGAAACUUGUGAAAUAAAGAUCCCUCCUCUGGUUA